AUGAACACUAAUCUCAUCAAUUCGGAAACUACAGAGUUUCUUGAAACUACAAAAAAUGCGGAACCUAUUGAGAAAGUCAACGAAAAAAUGGAAAUGACAGAAAUACGAGUGACCAAAAUUACAGAAAACACCAUUGUGGAACAAUCACAUAGUUCUUGUACUUGUGAGGAAAAUUUAGGAAGUGUAACGGAAAAUAUGAGUAAUCCAGAUAUGAAGUUAGAAAUACCAGAAGUAACUAGUAGUGAUCCGGCCUUAUGGCCGUCUGAAAUGCAUGAAGCUGAAAGAGGAAAAUAUUUACAACUAGGUUGCAACUACUUUCAAAAUAAGCAUGCUAACUAUACGUCUUCUCUAAGGAUAUAUAAAACUCAGAACAGAUCUUUUUCUAGUUCUAUGUUUGUCAGAGUAUUGGCAAAUGGUGAAAAGCAUGAUAGAAAAUGGUUGAUGUAUUCCGAAUCAACUGGAUGUGUAUUUUGUUAUGUUUGUAAAUUGUUUUCUAAUGCAAAUAGUAGGGAAAGUAAAUUUGUGAAAGGUGGGUUUUCAGACUGGAAAAAAGCUACUGAAUCAAUAACUUCGCAUGAAAACAGUAAGGAACAUAAAGAUUGCUUGAUUAUUUGGAUAUCACGAACAAGUGCGACAAAUUUAAUUGACAAGGAAUUGGCAACAACCAUUCAAAAUGAAACUCGUUACUGGACCGAAAUUUUAAACCGAGUUCUUGCUGUGAUUCGGUUUCUUGCUGAACGCGGUCUUGCAUUUCGCGGAAAAAAUGAAGUCGUCGGAGCUAGUAAUAAUGGCAAUUAUUUAGGAGCACUGGAAUUAAUAGCUCAAUUUGAUCCGUUUUUAGAAAAACAUUUACAAAUGCAUGCCAAUAAAGGUCGCGGUCAUGUAUCGUAUCUUUCUAAAACUAUCUGUGAAGAAUUUAUAAAAAUUCUUGCAGCAAAAGUUUUCACAACAAUUCUUUCAGAAAUUAAAGAAGCUAAGUACUUUGGUUUAAUAGUAGAUUCUACGCCAGAUCUUUCUCACAUCGAUCAAUUAACGAUAGUUAUGAGAUAUUGUUUAAAAGGAUCUAUAAUUGAACGUUUCUUAUGCUUUAUUCCAAUUUACAGCCAUACAGGUGAAUCUCUAAGCACAGAAGUAUUAAAUUUAUUAGAGAAUAAUAGUAUUGACAUAUGUGACUGCAGGGCUCAGACUUACGACAACGCGAGUAAUAUGUCGGGAAAGUAUAACGGCUGUCAAGCGCUUAUAAAAGAAAAAAAUGAAUUAGCGUAUUAUGUUCCUUGCGUUGCUCACUCGCUAAAUCUUAUUGAUAUUCAAUGUUUUGGUACGUUACCGCCCUCACCGCAAGAAGGUGCCCUGGACGCAGAGAAAUUGGAUAAGACUAGUGGUAUAUGGUCAUAA